AUGAUAGAUGAGCUUUACCUGGAGUACGCCAAGAGAGCGGCACCUUUCAACAACUGGAUGGAGGGAGCUAUGGAGGAUCUGCAGGACAUGUUUAUCGUCCACAACAUUGAGGAGAUCCAGGGUCUGAUCGCAGCCCACGAGCAGUUCAAGUCCACCCUGGCAGAGGCCAACAAGGAGCGGGAGGCCAUCCAGUCCGUCCCGGCCGAGGUGCAGAAGAUCGCCCAGAGCUACAACAUCAUGCUGAGCGGAAUCAACCCCUACACCGCCAUCACGCAUGCCAGUAUCGACAGCAAGUGGGAAAAGGCCGAGGAGUUCAAGGCCUGUUUGAUCAGUCUGGGCCACGAUGUGGAGAACGACAAGCAGGGUGAAGACGAGUUUGCUCGCAUAAUGAGCAUCGUGGACCCCAACGGCAGCGGCAGCAUCGCCUUACAGGCCUUCAUUGACUUCAUGUCCAGGGAAACAACCGACACAGACACCGCAGACCAGGUCAUCGCCUCGUUCAAGAUCCUGGCUGCUGAUAAGAGCUACAUCACAGCCGAUGAACUGAGGAGAGAGCUCCCCCCCGACAAGGCCGAGUACUGCAUUGCCCGCAUGGUGCCCUACAAAGGGCCUGACGCGGUCCCCGGAGCCCUCGACUACAUGUCCUUCUCCACCGCCCUGUACAGAGAGAGCAACCUGUAGAGGAGGCGAGAGGAAGAGGAGGGCUGGACAGAUGUGGGAGGGAGGGGGAGGGGAGGGACACAAGCUAAUCUGAUACUUAUGCUCAUUUUUG